AGCAAUGGUUCUUUUGUGAUAAAAUAUUGAGUAUUCUCGGAUCAAUUAAUUCCAUGAAAAAUCAUUAUUUUGUUAUUGUUUUACCAUUCACGUGCAAUUAAAACAAGUUACAAUCGUAAUGACAAUGUGCGGGCUACAUUUUAAUGCCAAAAUUAAUAAGUUUACAUCGGUAUAAGAUGGUGUAAAACACAAAUUUAAAAUUUCCGAAUUGAACUCUCCCAAUAUUUUUUCGUUCAGCAAACGAAAUCGGGGCCGUUUCCGACACACGCAGUGCAUGUUUUUCUUCAACAAAAAAAAAAUUUAUCAAAUUUUGUGUCGGGUUGUGAGAUAAAUUAAUUGAAUCGAUUGCAAAUUUGAAAGGAUCGUGUGCUUAAUUGUGUCGAUUUGGACAUAUCAUCAGCUGGGAUUUUACAUUUCUCGUGCAACAAACAAAUGGGUACCCAUUUAAGCAACAAAGACUACGCCUUUUGGAGUUCGUAAAUGGUGACAGCGCCAUAUUACAUUUUACCGAGAUAGUGUGUGGAUGUGGAUAAUUUUGAGUGUAAAAUGGUGUAUCGCAGCAACUCCAGCACGCAUCUAAACUCCAAUGAUAUCAACAAUGUUCUACCAAUACCCACCGUAAAUCACAAAUCAUCAUCAUUCACGAAUCUGACAUUACCGCCACCACUUCCACCAGCAACAACGGAUUUCGAUCCGGGAAAGCAGGCACGGCGCUCUGUUCGCCGGCUGAGCAUUGAUAUCGAGAGACUAAGACUGAAAAAAGAUGUAACUGCAUUGUGUACAACCAAACGACGGAAUAGUAUUUGUCGCAGCGCGAGUGAUUUGACUAAGAGUGUAUUGUAUGAUGAUCUGAAAUCACUGAAAACCCAACGAAAUGAAUGUGUUCAAAAGCAUAAAAGUGAUAGGAUUGCAGUGCCAUGUACAACGACGUCAAAAAUAUCAAUACCACCAAGUAAUGAAUGGCAUGGGGACAGUGCGGCAAAGGUUUCAUCAUGGAUGAGCGAAGGUUUGGAACCGGAUCCAGAACAGGAGGAUACAACUUUGAACAGGCUACAAAUUAGUGUACCGUUGGAGAGGUUGCCCAUGAAAACCGUUGACUGGCUGCUGGCAAUUAAAAACAGCCAAACGGUCGAUAAACUAAAAAUUCUUUGUCUCUACUGUGAUAGAACAUUUUCAAGUCAAACGCUCUAUGCAAAGCACUCGGAACGGGUACACCAAGCUCCGGAAGGCCGACGUCUUAGCGCAAGAAAAACGAAUUCCUCAUCGUUACUGUAUCCAGGAUGUUCUCAUUGUCACAAUGGAAAGACGACGUCUCUACUGAACGAGGAACUGCCAGCAUUGUUUCACCACUUAAUCGACAUACACUUCGACAAAUAUUUCGCCUGCAAACCAUGUACAGUUAGAUUUCCCACUAAGGAGGCACUUGAGACACAUUUAGAACAAAUGCACAGAGGCACUUCACUCAAACUUUCACCAGACAAACGAAAGAAGCGAAUCGAACGACGUAUUCCGGACAAUGUCCCAGCAAAUCUUAGUCAACCACUUUCCAUUCAAGUUGAUCUCGCCGACAGUUACGACGAUAAAAAGGACGACGACAAGAGCUCGUCGGAUGAACCGAUUUUACGAAGUAGCCGACGGCAGCUUGUCAAUCGUGCGGAUACAACAAAAGCCACAAAUCCACGCAAAACGAGAAUGCUUCGGAAUGAGGAAACAAUUUUGUCACGUCUCGGUAUCACACAAAAUCGUUCCCCGCGAACCAGACGAGGUCUGAAGACUCGUGCGGAAGCAAUGCGAGCAGAGACUCCAGUCAUACGACCGACUCGCAACAAAAAUACCCGAUCGACUAACAACAGCUCUGGUGUCAUGAUCGAGGGAAUUGAAAUGACAACCCGUUCGUCGGCAGUCACAAAGGUUGAGUCACUCAGCAGUACAUUCGAUGAAAACUUUUACGAAUCAGUCAGCAGUAAUGUUCGUCAGAAUUUAAGUUGUCAUUUGGAUGGUAAAAUACAAAGUGGUCCAAUGUCACCUAGUCCAAUAAGUCCCGUCGGUCCAGUACCAGCCGUUCGAUCGACUCUAGUGAAAAGUCCUCUAGUUUCAGAUAGUGAAAUACACGAAGCCACGGCAAUAUCAGCGUUGACCGCAUUUCCAACACUACUGACAGCAUCGCAAUACGGCGCCGAGCCAAUGCCAGUUGGAAAAAUCAAAAAACCGAUCACCAAAAACUCGUGGAAAUGGAAAUGGGACUGUGUGAAGAAGUAUAAAUACGUGAACGAAGGCGGUAAGGUCGUUAAAAAGGUGAAGCAACCGGUGGCCGGAUUUCGCGAUCUAUCGAAAUUGGACAUGUGGACACAGUUGACGAUGCGAACGAAACAUGAAACGGUGCGAAAACAUGAAUUAGAAGUGUCCGGAGAGGAAACGUGUUUGCCUGUUGGAGAAGUUGCUAGAGAAGACAAACGGAAGCUGAUCACGCAGCUCAAUAAAAUUUUGGACACUCGAAUAUUACCUCAAAUCAAUUUGGAGCAAAAUGAUCAGCGAGUAGUCAAAUUGGAAGUUGAGGACAAUGCUGAAACCGAUCACAUUGAGAUGAAGCCAGACCACGACCUACCGAAUGAUGAUGUUCUUACCAUACUGCAGAUCGCAAAGAAACCGUCAACGACUAGUGAUGAAGAAAGAGUAUUAAGUGGAGAAUGGGCUCGGCCUCGUUGCUACAUUUGCUACGGAUGUGGCGAAAAAUUCGAAAACAUUCGACGGCUCGAAGAUCAUAAGAACAAUUUCCAUCCGCAUGUCUAUUCGACCCACUACGAAAUAGUCGGCAAAGAACUCAUCGAAGGUGAUUUGUUUCGCAAUUUUUACAUACCGUCGAACGCUCUGCGUGGACACAGUGAGCGAUUGCUGGAGCGGAAAGGUAAUGUCGAAGUGGAAGAUUCCAUGGACAGUGUGGCUUCGUUUUCCAUCAGCUGUUCGAAAAGUGACUCUUUUGAUUUGGAUUCCAAUUCACGAAAUUCAAAAGUUAGUGCAAUAUCACAUGGUACGUCGGUGGGAAAUGUUGACGAAUCGGCAGUGAAUGAUGUGUCGAAUGAGCAAAGAAAACGGUGUACAAAGUGUGAACGUUCCUACAACACAAUGUCCGAUUUGUAUCGCCAUAUGUUGGAUUGUUCGGGCGAUUACGAUUGGUUUUUGGCAAAGAAACGGCACAACAUCAAGUACAGAUAUUUCGGAUCGAGACGCAGAAAGAUUAAUCGUACGAAUUUCGGUAAUCGACGACCCAUUCGGCCGAAGAAGGAAGAGAGCGAUACACCAAGAAUUCGUGAUACUCAAACGCCGAAACCAAGGCCUAGUGAUGCUGAAUCCAUUCAACGCAUGUUAGCUAAUCUGCCAGCCAAACGGGUGUGCCGACAAAUCUUUCCGAAUCUACAAGCCAAAAAGCGUGCUCGCAAAUUUAUGCCAACCAAUUCAAUGACACGAAAUCGUCAGCAUCAGCAUCUGAAGCCCACCAACACGAAAACUAGUCGAAAUUUCAAAUUUAUCGCAACAACACAAACGACUGCGAAUGCAAUUCGCAAGAAUAUCUCGAGAAGACUGCGAUUUUUCGCAGCUAACAAUGCCAACGAGAUGGUACGAAGCACCAGAUCCGCACGAGCAGCAAAGCAGCAAAACGGUGAGGAGGCGACGGAAGAACCGACGGAAAGUGAAGGUGUUGUGAAGAACAUAACCCGACGUGCGCAGAGAUUGUUUCCGAAAUUAGCGAAUACGUUUCGCCGGCCAUUACAGAAACGUAAUCUUCGAAAUGCGGCUGGUACGAAGACAGAAACCAAUUCCAAUUCGAUUAUGGAUCGAAUAAGGAAGUCGAAACGAGUGCAGGUCACUAUAAAGAAAUUGGACGAGAACAUUGUCGAUUUAGUCACACUGGAUGGGAAGAAAACCGAAGACGAGCCGCAGGCGGUCGAAUGUCCAGAGAAAAUGGUUAAAAAACCAAACAUCAAACGACUGAUCAAAAGUAUUCGGGGAAAGCGUGCUAGAAGCAGAAAGACCAUCGAGAACGUCGAAGUUGAAGCUACAGUUGAAGCAACACCAUUACCAGAGGUGAAGAUUGAAGAAGACGAAAUUAAGCAGCUCGAUGAACCAAAAGAGAUUCCAAGUCAAAUCGACGAAACUUCCCAAAGUAGUAGUCGUUCUGAGUCAAGUAGGAAAUCCAAACGAAACACGGUCAAAAAGCAAAAAUCCAUCGAACCUACUGUCGUUGAAGUCAUUCCCAAUGAUAGUGUUACGGAAACAAAACCAUUGACUGAAGAAGUGAAAGUUGUUGAACUGAUUGAGCACAAACACGAAACCGUCGCACCAGAUAUGCCCACCGACGAACCUAUCGAUUUGAGUCAAUCGAAAACCAAAUUGUCAGUUCCCGUUGUACAGGAACCAGUCAAAACCCCACCAAUGAAACGACGCACACGGAAACUGAACGAUUGUAUAGCCAUGCUGACUGGUAAGCUGCAAGAAAAGUUAGGCGUUCCAUUCAUCAACAACGAAACGAAUAUUUUACUCAGUCCGAGCAAAAGUGAUUCGGUUGGAGUUGCGGAGAUUGAGAAAGUAGAACAUCAGAAGCAGGAUGGUGAUGAGAAAAGUGUGCAAAAAUCUUCCGCAGAACCAAGUUCCAGUCACAGCACGCCAACAAAACGGGGAAGUCGAUCGCCAAAGACGACAGAACAGAAAUCUAAUGUUGUGGCACCUGCUAUUGACGCUAUUGACAUUAAACCAACAUGUAUUCCGAUUGUCGUUAGUUUGGUGGAUGCACCUGUAGUUGUUUCCUCUGUUACUGAAAAUGAGCCAACUGUCGCUGAAACAUCGACUGCUACUCCAGAGGAUACUGUGAGUGUUUCGAAGGAAGAAGCAAACGUUACCACACCCAUAAUCUUGCCAACGAUCUCGGAGCCAGAACUCACCCAAAUAAAGCGAACACCAAAACGAAGUGCUUCCAAAGUAGACAUUGUUGACGAUAGCUCAUCGAAGAAAUUGGACGAAACACCUCGAGUCACUAAGCGGCAAGAGAAAAGUAAGGCCACAAAGACGGUGGAAGAGCCUGAGACAAUUAAACUCGAUUCUUCUUUGUCAGACAUUGUUGCGACGGAUAAUACAGCCACUGAACCAACAAAUGACGUAGAAUUGCAAGAAGUAGAAAACAAAAAUUUGCAAGAGGCUACCAUCACCGCUGAUGUUGAAGAACCACCAGUUCUGGAAGAUGCAAGUGUCGACCGUGUUUCGAAGAAACGUCAGACGAAAAAUGCAUCUCCAAAGUCAAUCGUUUCAGUAAAAGAUGACAAAUCUGCAGCAACAACAGUUUCUGACUCUGUCGACAAAGCGGAGCUUAUUCCGGAGAAUACGGUAGCAGUAACAAACAAACAAAAACCAGCCAGAGCAAAAGCAGUUAAAAAUAACACGAAAAAGAGUCCAAGUGUUUCGAGUUCACCUCAUGACAUUGAGCCACUGAAAAGUUCAGUCACCCAGGAAAACAUCGACAAACCAAUCAACGACGAAAAAGACGUGAAGAAGGGCAGAAAGUCCAAGAAAGGCUCUGUCGUCUUGGAAACAAAACUUCCAGAAGUUGAAACUCCAAGUAAACUAACCGCAAAGACCAAGGAUUCCGAUUCAAGUGAAGACGAAAUGCAUCCAUGGGAUCCCGAAAUAGGAUUCAUCACGGCCAACAAUCCGGAACCUGCUGCUACACCACCAGCUCUAGUUCCCGAUGUCAACGAAAAACUUCGCGACGCAUCUUCAUCGAGUAGUGAUCCAAUCAACGAAAUCAUUCCGCCGUCGACAACGAAAAAGAAGCGUCGGAAAAAUGAAUUGGCCAAAAUUAUUGCCGACCAACUGUUGGAGAGUUUCAAGGAAGUUGACAAGUCUCGUAUCGAAGAACUGAAGUUGUUGCACGACUUAUCGAUUGAAAGCAACGAUGAUCUUUUGCUGUCAACAACAAUGUCUCGCACACCACCGCCGAAGCGAAGAACCGCUUCGAAUAUUCGUAACGAUGUCGUAGCCGAGUCAAAUUCAAACGUAGAAGAAGUCAAUAGCAGCGAGAAUGUUGACAAAGGUGCUUUGAAACGGAAAAAAGCGAACGACAGUAAAAAGCCUCCGCCGAGUGCGAAAGUCGGAAAGAAAAGGAAAAAUGUCACCCUGAAAACCAACAAGAAAGACAACCGGAAGAAGGUAUCCGACGUUCCCAGUUCGGGAUAUUUAUCCGAUACUGAAAUUAGUCAGCCAAAGAAGCCCGUUAUCAUGCGACGUCGUUUGACCAUUUGCGAUGAAUCACCCAAACGGAUGAGUAGAAACAGUAAGGAGACCGAGGUGUCCAUUUCUCUAUUCGACUCAUUUAAGAAACGUAAAAAUUCCGGCGAAAUUUCCACGAAAACCGCACCGAAAGAUGCCAAAAUCAGACCGCAAUCGAAACUCGUGAAACGGAGAAAUAAGCGCAGCUUGUUGCAUCGGUUAAGUAACGAUUUGACGAAAAAUCCACCAAAUGACGAUGAACCGAUUGCCGUUGAGAAAGUUCCGUUGAAUUCUGACAAGUGCGAAGAUAAUGGAAAAUCGAAGGCCAACGUUAACGACCUAGUCACUCAGAUAAUCAAUGAUUUUACCACAUCCACACUCAAUUCACCGACAACGUCUCCAAUUUUGUUCGGUGAUCUGGCAAAGCCUCGGCUCAACAACACAGCCGCCAAACUGUCCAGUGUUCUUAACAACAAGAAGAACAUUUUGAACGGCGAAACUCUGGCCAACGGUUUCAAAAGUGAUGUGUCCAAGGAGAUCACAUUCGCCACGUUAUCGCAGCCGCUCAAAGACAAAACGGUGGAACAGCUUCGAAACACCGACAGCUCAGCAUCGGACGCAAAUCAACCGUUUCGUCCGCCAUUCAUGUCACCGCGAUGGGACCCAUCUGAUGAAUGGAAUGGUACGACCAAACCGAUCAAAGAUCCAGCGCUGCACAAGUUAUGGACGCUGAACAACAAGGAUGAGCAACUGUCUGGCGAUAAGAGUCUGUACCAGAGUGUGAAGGAAAAAACGAAAAAACUUUUGGGAAAAAUUUCGAGAAAGAAGUCGCGGAAGCAUGACGGCACUUUGAACAAUAAGAAGUCGACGGUAACGGUUUCAGCUACGAAACGACCAUUGUUGAGGCCAAGCAUUUUAUCGGUCAGCAAUCACACAGCCAAAGUGGAUGCCGUUGACACGGAAAAUUGCCUGAAAACAUUGGAGACGAACAGUCUCUUCUUGGGGAAGAUUUCCAAUUUCGAAAACGAUGCAAAUUCGAAAAUAUUCCGGAACGACAAAGCCAAUUCGACGACAGACGAUAAAGUUGAGAGUACCGAAAUUGUGGCCGAAAAUUUUAGCAAGAAAAGCGACACUGUGAUCAACAACCUAAAAUCGAAUUUCGAAAAGGAUGACUGGAAAACGGAGAAGAAGUUCGACGAGAACGUUUCGAAGAGUAAAAGUGGGAAAAACGAUCGUAAGCUAACUGUUCAAGCGGUCGACAAUAAUCGCUUGUCCAAACAGAAUGCCAAAAAGAAAGCACAAAGCACGGAUCCAGAGAACGAGCCGAAAAAUGCCCCCAAAAAAGACAAUGUUGAUAAAGCUAUGGCCGGUAGCGCCAUUCAACGUCGCAAGAUGGGUUCAACCAAACGAAGACCUCAUAUGUCGGUCAACAAUGCAUCGAAGGAUCCAAAGAAACCACUUGCCAGUAAAACAAAGUCUUCGAUGGAAUCGAAAGCUGUGAAACCCAUCGGUAAAAGGAAUGCCGCAAAGACAUUUGAUGAAUCAUCGCAGGACACGAUAUCGGAAACUGUGAGCAAAGUACGUGACACGAAUGACGACCACGUAACCGAGUCCGAUGAAGAUUUGAGUUUAGCCGAAAUUGCAAAAAAUCUGAACAACAAAACCGGUAACGAAUUUAGUAAUGUCGGAGAUGCAGAGCCAGUCGAACUCACGGAGUCAUUUGACGGUAAGAGUGACUUCAGUACAUUGGUGGCUGUGAUAAAUGAUCAGUUGGAAUCAAAGCAUGAUGAAAAGGCAGAAAGUGUAGCUGAUUGUGAUGAGGACGCCGAAGACGGUGAAUGUAUAAAUGACACGAACACUGAUCUGAUCGACAUGGAUCUCGAGGACACAGCCAGCAUUUACACAAGUUCAACAGUAACGACUAGCGGUGGAAGUCCAAAGAAGCGUAAACGACGUCACGGAAGAUCGAUUUUGAUGAAGUCCAGCCGGAAGACCAAACGAGGUGAUGGCAGUUUUCUAACGCCGGGUGAGUCGUUCUUCUGCGACUUGUGCUCGAAAACGUUUAGAACGCAAGGUGGCCUGGCGACACACCGUACAACAUUGACCCAUAUAUCGAAACUGUCUGAACAGGAAUUUAAACAGAAAAUGGAAACCCCGAAGGAAAGUAGUCCGGAACCGAAACCCGUUGCUGAGGAAGACGCCACCACAAAGCCAGACGUUACUACGUCCCCGAUAAUUGAAUCAUCUUCACAGCCGCAGAUCCCGUGCAAUCAAUCACCAUUGUCGAAUCAGCGUCACGUAUCCAUCACCAGUCCCGUUCGUAAUCAAUCCUUGACGUAUUUGAACAACAUCGAGCCAAUUUCGUCGCCAGAACAACACGAUUUCAACUACGAUCGCUACAAUACCAAUUCACGACCACGAAGCAGCGUACCAAGCCACGACACUUCGCGCAUUGCAUUGAGUCAAGAACAGCGUUUCUUCUACGAAUGUUGUUCGAUGCUGAAAGGUUCCGAUCGAUCUAAUGUCAAUCCGAGUGAUUCGCCAAGCAAAUACUAUACUCUGCCCGAACGCACCGAUGUCAUCACCAAACCGGUAACACCGCGAUCCAAUGAACAGUACUCGUACGUUGUGCCGGAGGGCUCCAAACAUUCCAAAGGAAUACCGAAAAUUGAUUUGAAUCAAUUCAGUGAUAUCUCGUCGGACUCAAAUCCAGCCUUCUCCUGUCCGCAAAAUCCUAGCAGCUCAGAAACGCAGAACAUCUUUCCGAUGGAAUCGAAAAGGAUCGCCGAAAAACGCGACUAUCGUUCACCGGAGAGAAACUUCGAUGCGAUGAAAAAAGACGGCCGAACGUUCAGCGAGAGAACAACGAUCCUAGACGCUGACUACCACGAAACUUAUUCGGAUAUGGGCGACAGUUUUCCAUCGUCACAAGAUGUGAGUGAAAGCGAACAGUACACGCAGACAAUAUUGGAACGAUCCAGCAAUUCGGAUGGCCUAAUUCGUGGUGGAUAUCACGACAGCAGCAGCACUGCUUAUGGAAAAAGCUGUGAUGAUAACAAAAAUCGACGGAAUGUCUUCACCAUUGCAAUGGAUAGUAACGAAACCAAAGGACUGUCGAACAGUUCGCCAGUCGAAUCACCACUUCAUUCAACAUCGUCACAAUCUUCCACUUUGUCGAAGCCGCGUACAAAAGCGGCCAUGAAAGGUUAUGACAACUUCAAGAUUUCGAUUCCAACGACUGGCAUAGACCUUCAACAAGCGCUGACUCGUAGCCCGAAUGCAAGUGGUUGCAAGUUAGCUGCCCUUGCUGACAUCGCACUCGGUAAUGAUGUACCGAGUGUUGUUGCCUUGAUUCGUUCUCAUUCUGACGUGGACAUUGAACCAUCACACACACCGGUGGAACAUCCUUCUGAAGAACCUGUUCCAGAGGUCAUCUGCCAGAAGCAAACUGUCACGAAGAAGGCGAACAAAUUCGGUGCGAGUAAUCGUAAGAAGAAAGUGGUGUCACCGAAGACGCCGAAAAAGCCCGUUAAAACGAACGUCAGGACAUCACCAAAAGCGACUCCAAAAAGCCAGCCGAAGGAUGUGUACGACUUUGAAGAUUUCGACGAUUCAACCGAUGCGCCGAUAUUGACACUGUCACAGGUUCGAUCAAAGCCGGUACCACCGCUAAAUAUUGACGAGGAGGACAGUGAAACAUCGAGUUACUCGGAUCGCUUGGAUUUCAACUACGAGUCGAUGAGCGAAAGCGAUACGUCGGUGGACAAUUUGCAGAAGAAAUGUCUGAUCGAGCGGAUCUUUAAGAGCGUUAAAAAACCCGACUCCAAAGAGAAGGAAAAAAUGGAGCCAAAGAAACCCAUCCCGAAACAGGAACUGGACAAAUUGUUCGAUGGUUUGAGACAAAGUGACAAAAAUGCAAAGGUCGACGAAAAGAAAGUGACUGAAAAGGGCACCGGCAUCGAUGCAAGCAAACAGAUCGAAGGAAAAGUCAGAAACGAACGUUCGCGGGAUCGACAGUCGAAAAAAUCGCGUGAAAUUGCCAAUUUGGAAGAGGAAUGGGGCAUGUCGAUGAAUCAAAUUGCCGAAUUAAUUGGCGUGGGUCAACGCAAAACUCAAAGACGGUGCGCAGCUAACAAACAGAAAACGUUUGCCGAGAACUGGAGUUCGGACGAAUAUGAAGAUUUUCACGCAACCAAAGACAUUUUCGCUUUGAUUCGUGAAGCUGAAAUGAAAGCGGGACGUGCUAGAAGUCGAACGGCUCGCAGCAAUGCCAAACGUGAACGUCAACAGCAAAAUGAUAAGAUGGAGCCAACCGAUGACGCUGUGAGUAACAUGAAAUCGAAGACUGGUGCUGAUGCAAAAGAUAAAGAGAACAAAGCAGCGACAGAUGACAAAAAUGAUGAGUCCGCAGAUGAUAAGGCAGAGGAUAUAAACAGCAAGGUAUCGGAACCAACGAGACGAUCCCAUUCCAAGUCAACAGAUUCGAAGACUUCGGUCAAAAAACCGGCCAAGGUGAAAAGAUCAAAAAGUUUCGUUGCUACAGAAUCGGACGACACUGACGACCAAUUCCAUUCGAGGAAAGUUUCCACGGCCACAAAGGGACAAAAAAUCAAAAGCCGACGCCAAACGAUAUCGUCACGCCCGGAUUCGCACAAAACACCCGUCAAAGGAAUUUCCAAUGGGGCCCGAGUCAAACCGCAUCGAUCCGCCGAUCAACGCGACAUCAAAUCCGAUGGAAGAACGAAAACCAAACCGAUGGCUCGUCGAAAGCGCAAAGCAUCCGAAAUGCUGUACUACUGGUCAUCGUCCAGUGACGAGGAUUUUGGCCGAAUAAAACCACGCGACGACAAUUUCGACGAUGACAAUCUGGAGCAACAUGGCUGGAUUGUUGGCGAUUCGCACAAGAAAUUGGUGACGUUAUUGGCACACGCUAAAGGUAAGAAAAUCGAGGACUGUGCUGUAAAAAAAGCCAUUCACAAGAAAAAGUCGUAGAAUUUAAGACUCAAGUAAUAGUGUUCACAUAAAGCGGCCGAGAGGCGCAACCAGUUUUUCAAAAAUUGAAUUUUUUAGUUUUAUAUUUGGGAUGUUCGACAUUAGUAUCGGUUUUUGAAUGUGUUUGGAACAAAUAAAACGACGGCUUCCAAAGGUAAAACCUUUUUAACAAAACAAAA